AUGAGCUCCCCCAGUGCUCGCUCGAGUCCAUUCCGCAGACGCGCAAAUGUCUAUCACAGACAAAGCCAAAAUGAAGCAAGAUCUGCGCAGCUGAUCGAAGAAUUAUCGCAACUCUGGCGUGACGAUGAUCGCAGCUUCAAUCGGAGGCUGGACGAAGAAUUAAGAGCACAGCAACAGCGGCAUGAUGAGGCGCUCGAGAGAGCUCAUGCUCACCAUGACGCUGUUCGGCGAUCUGCAGAGAACACCUACGAGGCUAUACUACUACAACAGGAGCAAGCCCGAUUAGCACGCGAGGCUGAGGAGCGUCGGUGGCUUGAGGAACAGCGUCGGAGGCUCGAACAAGAGAGGGAAGCUCAGAGGCGGCAGCAAGAAGAGCAACGGAGAAGGGCAGAAGAAGAAGAGAGGCAGCGCAGAGAGCAGGCCGAGCGAGAACAACAGGCUGCUGCUGAACGUGAAGCUGUUCGAAAGCAGCAGCAAGAGGCUACUAGAGCCCGUGAGCAACAGGCUGCCUACGAGAAGGCAGCUCGCGAGAAGGAAGAGUCCGACAAGAAGGCCAGAGAAGAGGCUGCGGCAGCCCAAGCUCAGCAGCAGAAGCAGUCGCAAGCUGCAUCGCAAGCUACGAAUUCACAGACAGCUGGCCCGCUGGAUAUCAGCACCGGUCCAGCCGCCGUUUCAACACUGUCUACUGCCGCUCCGAGAGCGCUAGUCAGCUCUAUACAAGAUCGUAUGCGGGUCCACGAGGAAUACUUGAGAAUUCAUCGACGACUCAAAGUGCUACGGCAGGAGGUGGACAGCCUCAAGAAUAGCAAUGGGCCAGAACAGCAGAGGAUGUACGCCCAGCUCCGAGAGAAGAGAGCUAUAAUCACCAGGACAGUAGGCCAGCUUCUGAAAGGAGACAGCGUUCAGACCAAGAAAAACAACGGCGACAAGGUGAGUACUGCUUUCCGACCCACAAUCCGUGUGAUCAAAGAGACCUGGCAAUGGGCACAAUCUUUCUUUCCGAACGAAGUCAUCGACAUCAACGAAGUCCGCGUGGAACCCGUGCCACCCGUACCAGUGGCGAAAGGAUUCGUGUACAUCGUCAACCACACUACAAAGGCCAUAAUCAAGCAGAUGAGCAUCGACGCCGUAGCCGAUCCAAAGUAUGCAGACGUGAUCGGUAUUGUUACAGCACAAGUCUUUUCUGGAACCACGCAACUUUCUGGAGGCCAUGCGAUGUCCGACAUCUUCUUGGCCAAAUUCAACAAAGUGCAUCCCAUUCUCUUCGGCAAGCUCGGCUCUGAAAAGAACGCCGCCGCUCUGAAGGAACUUGGUUGGGAUACCUCGCAGUUUAGCAAAGACCAAGCCUUCCCACGAUUCGUUGGCAUGUCGAGAUGCUUCGCCGCCAUCACAUUACGCGACUUUUCUCGGGCACAGAAGCAAGUCAAUCCGUUCCCCAACCGUCUCUUUUGGGAGGCUGUGGCUCGAAUCUUGAACACUCCAAGCCAGGAUCAGAUGGCCCUGCAUUAUGUCACUCUUCAAGGUCUGCUCGACCCAGAGUAUAUCGGCAAGUUCAUUCGACACUACGGUAACAUGGCGCUCGCAGUUCUUAGGGUUGCUGUGAAGGACUUUCCAGAGCGUCGACCUCAAGAUAACAAUACUAUCCGACAACAAGCCCAGGCUCUCACAAGCUUCUACGACAGAUACGAACUCGAUCAAGCACUGGAUUAA